AUGCAGACUAGAGAUGAACGUAUCUUGGAUUUGGGAGUGAUUCGAUGGAGUGAAUAUGUAAAAGAAAAUGAGACUCUGGUGACAGAGUUUGUGCUCAUGGGACUUACAGAUCGUGCAGAACUGCAGCUCCCCUUGUUCCUGGUGUUCCUGGUGAUCUACCUCAUCACCAUGCUGGGGAACCUUGGGCUGAUUGCUCUCAUCUGGAAGGACCCGCAUCUUCACACGCCCAUGUACUUAUUCCUCGGCAGUUUAGCCUUUGCUGAUGCUUGCACUUCAUCCUCUGUGACUCCUAAGAUGCUUAUGAAUUUUUUAUCCAACAAUCACAUGAUAUCAAUCUAUGACUGUAUGGCCCAAUUUUAUUUUUUUAGUUCUAGUGCAACCACAGAAUGUUUCCUCCUGGUAGUGAUGGCCUAUGACCGCUAUGUCGCCAUAUGCAACCCAUUACUUUAUCAGAUGGUGAUGUCUAAAAGCCUCUGCAUUCAACUAAUAGGUGUUUCAUAUGUUAUAAGUUUUCUACAUUCCAUGAUUCAUAUAACUUUGUUAUUUAGAUUAACUUUCUGCAGAUCCAAUAUAAUACAAUAUUUCUACUGUGAAAUUUUACAACUGUUCAAAAUUUCUUGCACUGAUCCUACAAUGAAUAUACUACUGGUUUUAAUUGCUUCAGCCCUCAUACAAAUCUUUACUUUUAUGACAAUCAUAGUCUCUUAUACCUGUGUCCUCUUUGCCAUCCUGAAAAAGAAGUCUGAAAAGGGCAGAAGCAAAGCCUUCUCCACGUGCAGUGCCCAUCUGCUCUCUGUCUCUUUGUUCUAUGGUACUCUCUUCUUCAUGUAUGUGCGUCCUGGGUCUGGCCCAGGUGAAAAUCAGGACAAAAUGUAUUCUUUAUUUUACACAAUAAUAAUUCCCCUACUGAAUCCUUUUAUUUACAGCCUGAGAAACAAAGAGGUUACAGGUGCCUUGAGAAGAAUAAUGAACAGAUAA